UUUCUACUAUUCACUUCCGUUCUUUUCACACCUCCGUGGCAUGGCGGAUGGUCUUUACCACCGCUUGUAGUGUUUUUUCGGAGGAAUAACUUCGCUGAUAUAGCGAAAUGAGUCUAUCAGUUUCCCGACCGCUCGUGUCGGUGUACUCGGAGAAGAGUGAGGUGGUGGCCGGGGCGUCCCUGCCGCUGCCUUUCGUCUUCAAGGCCCCCAUCAGGCCUGACCUGGUCAACGAUGUACAUGUGUCGAUGUCCAAGAAUGCACGUCAGCCAUACUGCGUGAGCAAGGAGGCUGGUCACCAAACCAGUGCCGAGUCAUGGGGUACCGGUCGCGCUGUAGCCCGUAUUCCCCGUGUCCGAGGUGGUGGUACUCACAGGUCCGGCCAGGGAGCGUUCGGCAACAUGUGCCGCGGCGGGCGAAUGUUCGCGCCGACCAAACCGUGGCGCCGCUGGCACCGCCGCGUCAACCUACGCCAGCGCCGCGCCGCCGUCGCCGCCGCGCUCGCCGCCGCCGGAGUCCCAGCUUUGGUGCAGGCUCGCGGUCACGUCAUCGACAAGGUGCCGGAACUGCCGCUGGUGGUGUCGGACAAGGUGCAAGAGAUCAACAAGACGAAGCAGGCUGUCAUCUUCCUCAGACGCAUCAAGGCGUGGUCUGAUGUCCUCAAGGUAUACAAAUCUCAGAGGCUGCGCGCCGGCAAAGGAAAGAUGCGUAACCGUAGGCGCGUCCAGCGCAAAGGACCCCUGAUCGUCUACCACAAGGACCAGGGUCUGACCCGCGCGUUCCGCAACAUCCCAGGCGUGGAGAUGCUUAACGUGGACAAACUGAACCUCCUCAAGCUUGCACCUGGCGGUCACGUUGGUCGCUUCAUCAUCUGGACGCAGUCUGCCUUCGACAGGCUCGACGCCCUCUUCGGCUCAUGGAAGACGCCAUCCAAGGAGAAGAAGAACUUCAACCUGCCCCAGCCCAAGAUGGCCAACACCGACCUCAGCCGUCUGCUGAAGUCUGAGGAGAUCCGCAAGGUGCUUCGCGCUCCUAACAAGCGUGUGGUCCGCGCGACCAGGAAACUUAACCCACUGACCAACACCAAGGCAAUGUUGAGGUUGAACCCUUACUCUGCUGUGCUGAGAAGGAAGGCCGUGCUUGAGCAAGAGAGGAAGAAUAACGUGAGAGCGCUGGCGCUCGCCGAAAAACGUGGUAUCAAGCUACCCGCUAGCGACCCUGCCGUAUCUGCUGAAAAACUGCGUCUGAAGCGCAGCAAAUCCAUCAAGGUUGCUCUGUCCAAGAAACCCAAGAAGCCAGCGGCAAAGAAGACGGCACCACCACCACCCAAGAAAAAGGCGGCGGCUAAGAAGGCGCCCGCCCCUAAAAAGUGAUUGGAAUAAAGAGCUAUAAGGAUAA